GUCAUUGGCUCCAGCAGCUUCCUCCUCCCUCUUGGUUUCCUUCUUCUUCAGCUCAGACGCUCAAAGUGUUUCAGUGAGAGAAGAAAGAGAGGACAGGUGAACAUGCAGCUCUUCCUGGCUCUCUGCUUUCUGCUGGGAAUCCCCAGCGGGGCUCCAGAAAUUCACUCUCUCAAGUAUUUCUACACUGCAGCCUCCAAUGUUCCAAACUUUCCAGAGUUUGUGUCUGUUGGUCAGCUUGAUGACAUUGAGGUCAAUCAUUACAACAGCAACACCAGGAGAUUUGUGCCCAAAAAGGACUGGCUGAAUAAAAUCACCAAAGAAGAUCCAGAGUACUGGGAGAGAUACACCGAAGUUUUCAUGGGACAACAGCAAACCUUCAAAGCAAACAUCGAGAUCGUGAAGCAGCGUUUGAACCAAACUGGAGGUGUUCAUAUUUAUCAGCAGAUGUAUGGUUGUGAAUGGGACGAUGAAACUGAUGAAGUGGUGAAUGGAUUUCAUCAGUACGGUUACGAUGGAGAAGAUUUCAUCUCUUUGGACCUGAAGACAGAAACAUGGAUCGCUCCAGUUCAACAGGCUGUUCCCUCCAAACACAAGUUUGACAAUGACAAAGCAACAUUGGCUGGGCACAAGCACUACUACACCCAGAUUUGUCCUGACUGGCUGAAGAAGUAUGUGGAGUUUGGUCGGAGCUCACUGAUGAGAAAAGAUCUUCCCUCAGUGUCUCUCCUCCAGAAGACUCCCUCCUCUCCGCUCACCUGCCACGCUACAGGUUUCUACCCCGACAGAGCCGACUUGUUCUGGAAGAAAGACGAGGAGGAGCUCCAUGAGGACGUGGUCAAAGGAGAGAUCCUCCCCAACCAUGACGGGAGCUUCCAGAUGAGCGUUGAUCUGGAUCUUUCAGGGCUCAAAGAUGAAGACUGGGGGAGGUACAGCUGUGUGUUUCAUCUGGCUGGAGGACAGGAAGUCUCCAAGAGACUGGACAAACGGGACAUCAGGACCAACUGGAAGACAAAUGAUGGAGGACUUCACCCUGGACUGAUUGCUGGAAUUGUUAUUGCUGUUGUGGUCCUGGCAGGCAUUGGACUCAUCAUCUACAAGAAGAAACGACCUCAAGGGUUCAGAGCCACUAACAGUGAGUACUUUCCUAUUUCCUUUCAUCAGGAUGUUUCAGUGUUGUUUGAUGUUCCUUUCUGUUGUUUCUGCCUUCAAGCUGACUUCUUGCUUUGGAACAUGUUUCAUGUGUUUCCAACAAGUUUUGCUCUUUGUUUUCUAGAAUCUGACACUUCCUCUUCAUCAGGAGAAGAUCCAGCCAGGAAGAAGAUGUUAAAAACCUCUUCAUGAAGGAAGAGUCCAGAGAGGCUCCAGUCAUUGAGUCUGAUGGAGCAAGAGCCAAAAGAAAUGAUGGAGAAGUUGCUGAUUGCUCCACUUUGAGCUGCUCUCCAGGAUGAAACAUGAAAUGAAUCAGUGAAUCAGUUUCUAUUUAGUUGAUUAUUAGUGUGAAGUGAUGAGGAUGAGGGGAUUACGGUAAUCCAGGUUGUCUUCACUAGAUUAGAACUGAUGUGUUGAGCGAGUUUCUCUCCUCCACUGAUUUCCUCCUGACUAAACUAUUGAUCUGCUUCAUUCACUUGUUGCUUCUCAUCACUUCCUUCUGAUCUUUUCUUGGUUUUAUUUGAUCUCAGAUGGUGAAAUGUUUUCUUUGCAGAAACCAGGAGCUUUUUCCUUUAAUGUGUCAGUUCCUCACAUUCAUUGUUGGUUUCAUGAGAUGUUGUUUUUCUUUUUCAAUCAUAUUUAUGGUGUGUUUUGAGCCUCUGAAUAAAGUUCUCCAUAAUCCAGAA